AUGGCAGUCUUGUCAGCGGUGUGGAUUCCCGUGCUGUCCCUGCUGCAGCUGGUCCACUGCUCUGUUAUUUACAGACACACUGCAGGAGAUCCAGUGUUGAUAGACGAGCAGUCAGCGACCUCCUUCCUGUCCCGCUCACUGCUCUAUAACAGCUGGGACUUUGAGCUGGCGGUACCUGACAGUCUGGAGAGGGAAUGCACAGAAGAGCUGUGUUCUUAUGAAGAGGCCAGAGAAGUGUUUGAGGACGACACUCAGACGGAAAUUUUUUGGACACAAUAUGUCAACAGUCACGAGAAUACACCCAGAGUGGAUGUGUCAGGACUGGUGGCAGGGAUCCUGGCUAUCCUAGUGAGCGCUGUCAUUGCCACUGUGCUGGGGAUCUACUGCUACAAGGCCAGGAACAAGGGCAGGAGGACUUCAGCGCACCCCCCAGUGAGGAUGCCACAAGAUGGGCGCCCAGCCCCAGAGAUGGUGCCCCUGGCCGGCAUCAUCGCCCCCGCACUACCCAGCUACAAUGAUGCUCUAAACCGCAGCGGGCAGCACGAUGCUCCACCACCGCCUUAUUCAGGGUAA